CAUUGCCAUUUUGGAACCAUUGUAACAUAACUGCAUUUCCCUUUAUAACGCACCUGUUAUUUUCUACAUGUCUUUUUAAAAAAGGGAGAAAACAGUGAUAAUAUAACACCUCGAUUAAAAUAAUAAGAAAAAGUAAUGUUAUAUGUUGCAGCUGACAUCUGGAGGUCGGCCACAUUACUACGUGUCUUACCGCAGAAAUACUUUUGCACAGAUGAAACUUCCUAAAUAUGCUUUGCCAAAGGACAUGCAUGUUAUCAGCACUGAUGAGAAUCAAGUGUUUGCUGCAGUUCAGGAAUGGAACCAGAAUGAUACCUACAACCUUUACAUCUCUGAUACCCAGGGGAUUUACUUUACCCUGGCUUUAGAAAAUGUCAAAAGUAGUCGAGACCUAGAAGGCAAUGUGAUGAUAGACCUGUAUGAGGUAGCAGGGAUAAAGGGAAUGUUCUUGGCUAACAAGAAGAUUGACAACCAAGUAAAAACUUCCAUCACCUACAACAAAGGCAGAGACUGGCAUUUGCUGCAGGCCCCGGACACAGAUCUGAGAGGGAACCCAGUUCAUUGCCUCCUACCAUAUUGCUCCCUUCAUCUCCACCUGAAGGUUUCAGAGAAUCCUUACACUUCUGGUAAUAUUGCCAGUCGUGAUACAGCUCCAGGAAUCAUUGUGGCCUCUGGUAACAUUGGAUCAGAGUUGUCAGAAAAUGAUAUCAGCAUGUUUGUUUCGUCUGAUGCUGGAAACACUUGGAGACAAAUCUUUGAAGAUGAACACAGCGUCCUUUAUCUGGACCAAGGUGGAGUUUUGGUUGCUAUGAAACAUACAUCUCUGCCUAUCAGACAUCUCUGGUUAAGUUUUGAUGAGGGAAGAUCUUGGAGCAAGUACAGUUUCACCUCCAUUCCGCUGUUUGUUGAUGGGGUUUUGGGAGAACCUGGAGAAGAGACUUUAAUAAUGACCGUUUUUGGACACUUCAGCCAUCGUUCUGAGUGGCAGUUGGUAAAAGUGGAUUACAAGUCCAUUUUUGAUAGACGGUGUGCGGAAGAUGAUUACCGACCUUGGCAGCUUCACAGCCAGGGAGAAGCAUGCAUCAUGGGAGCCAAAAGGACUUACAAGAAGCGUAAGUCAGAAAAGAAAUGCAUGCAAGGCAAGUACGCCGGAGCCAUGUCCUCUGAGCCAUGUGUCUGCACAGAAGCAGACUUUGACUGUGAUUAUGGAUUUGAGCGGCACAGCAAUGACCAGUGUUUGCCAGCUUUUUGGUAUAACCCAUCAUCUUUGUCGAAAGAGUGCAGUCUUGGUCAAAGUUAUCUCAAUAGCACUGGGUACAGAAAGGUCGUGUCUAAUAAUUGCACAGACGGUGUGCGUGAGCAGUACACAGCCAAGCCGCAGCAGUGUCCUGGCAAAGCCCCGCGAGGACUUCGGGUUGUCACAUCAGAUGGCACACUGACAACAGAACAAGGGCAUAAUGUUACCUUCAUGGUACAGCUGGAAGAGGGUGACAUUCAAAGAUCAAUAAUCCGUGUGGAUUUUGGAGAUGGUAGUGCUGUGUCAUAUGCCAAUCUCAGCUCAACAGAAGAUGGAAUCAGGCACAUCUAUCAGAAUGUUGGCAUCUUCCGUGUAACUACGCAGAUCAAAAACAGCCUGGGGACUGACACUGCAGUCUUGUAUUUGCAUGUAAAUUGUCCUUUAGAGCAUGUCCAUUUGUCACUUCCAUUUGUAACAACAAAGAACAAAGAAGUUAAUGCCACAGCAAUAUUAUGGCCCAGUCAAGUUGGAACCUUAACAUAUAUUUGGUGGUUUGGAAACAACACUGAGCCAUUGAUUACUCUAGAAGGGAGUAUCACAUUUACCUUCUCUACAGAAGGUAUGAACAUAAUCACAGUACAAGUUUCUGCAGGAAACACAAUUCUGCAAGACACCAAGAUGAUUGCAGUAUAUGAGCAUUUUCAGUCUUUACGGCUUUCGUUUUCUCCAAAUCUGGAUGACUACAAUCCAGAUAUUCCUGAAUGGAGACGAGACAUUGGUCAUGUCAUCAAGACAGUUCUAGUUGAGGUAACAACCAUUUCCAGUGAACAUAUUUUGGUAGCAAUCUUGCCAGGGUUACCCACCUCAGCUGAACUCUUUAUUUUGCCCUAUAAGAAUUCCAAUGGAGAAAGUAAAGAAACAGCUGAAGAUCUGCAACAGAUUUCAGAAAUAUUAGUCCAGAAAUUAAACCAAAAUGCCAUUCAGUUCGACUUAAAGCCUGGAGUUAGAAUCCUUGUUCAUGCUGCUCAUUUAACAGCAGCUCCACUCAUAGAUGUCACACCUAGCCAUAGUGGUUCAGCCAUGCUAAUGUUGCUGUCUGUAGUAUUUGUGGGAUUGGCAGUAUUUGUAAUCUACAAAUUCAAAAGGGUUGCCAGAUUUCCAAAGACCAAUUCUUGUUCACAAGAGGCUAUUGGGAGGAAAAUCUCCUGGACAUCCUGGACACCAACCAGCGAGCGUGACCAGACAGCCAAGGACUGCCCAGGGUCCAGGACCAGACAGUGCAUAGACUCUUGCCCUGCUGAUAAGCACACUGGCGGUCAGAUGUCUGAGGAAUGCUCGUCAGGCGCAGGAAGUAUUUCCACAGUUGCUGAGACUCAAAGCACAAAAGAAAUUCCUACCUGUAUUAAUGUUUGAAACAAGGACACCAAUCUAUCUUUAUCCCCUUCAAUAUAAAUAUAUAUUUUGUAUGAUAUAUAUAUAUAUAUCAUACAAAAUCUCAUACAAAAUGAGAGAGAGAGAGGAACCAGUCACUGCUUUUGGACUUUUGAUUCUUCUGAUGACAAAAAAGGUUUUUAGCUUUAAGCCUGUGCAUGUGGAUGUCAUUUGGGUAACAUAUUUAGAAUGUACAGGUGCUCUAUUUUAGUGGGGUAAAAGGAAAACACUACUUUAUCUUAAUUCUCUUCCCAUUUCCUUUUCUAAUCAAGAUUUAAUUUUACAUGAUCCAUACUGAUAUAGGCCAAGAAUGUGCAUGGGGUAUUUUGGGAGGGAAAUUAGGUAAGCGUAAACUUGCUGACUUUCAGUAUAACUCCUAACAUUUUUAGCCCUGAGGGAUUAUAGAUGACUUUGGCACUAUAGCCUACAUUCCUGAAAUACAGGGAGGAAAAAAUAGAGUUUUUAAAACAGCAGUUUUAUUAUUUUUCCCCUUGUGUUUUCAUCUGGUAUUUUACGUACUCCAUGAAAUAAUUUGUCUGGAGUCCUUUUUAAUUUUGUUAAAGGCAGUGUAAGACAGUUAAAAUGUGUUUUUCAUUGCCAAAAAUCAAAAUAUUUCAUAUGUAGUUGAUUGACACUUUCAUUCAUGCCAUUCUAGUUCAAGAACAACAAAAAACAACUAUCUUUAUAGAUAUAAAUCUAGUCAAGAGAGUUUGAAUAUCAGUUUUAGCUUGUCUUUGCCAUUAUUAGCUACCUCUUUUACCCUCCAAUUUAAUAAAGACUAUUCCACUUAGCAUUUGUAAUAAUAAUUUUAAGCAUUUUUGCUAGCAUCCCAUCUAUUCACUUUGGAGAUAAUUAUUCAUUAGUAGAAUGGAAUUAAUUGGGAAAAAUAUUAUUUCCUAUAGUUUCCACAUUGUUACCUCUUCCCAAAUGUAUUGGUGGGUUUUUAAAAUGGUUUUUUUAAAAACCCAAAAUAAAUGAGAGUUAUUUGGUACAUUGAGUGACUAUUACAGAUAAAUUGGUUCAAUCUACAAGCCAACAAUCAUCAACUUUCAAAAGGACUUGUUCCAGAAGAAUAAAUUGCAAGUCCUGUUAUCCCUGGACUUUAUACAGAAAUGAUGUUUGUGUGAUUCCAUUAUAAACAUCCCACAAAAUGUAGAUAAUAGUUUUAAUAGAUAAUAUGUUUGCAUAAGAUGUAGACAUAACAGAAACCUUUAAAUCAAGUUGUACUAUUUACAUAAAAUGUUUUCCCCAUACUGGGGCUAAUUUUACAUCUUGUAGCUGGAAUAUAUCAAUGUCCUUUGCCAUAUAAUUAACUUUUCAGAUAGAUGCUAAAUAAUUUCAAUAUCUAUUUAAAAACAUCUACCAUUUUUAUUUCAUUGUUUUUAUUGCAUUGUGGAAUAAAACAGGUCCAGCUACAAGUUCUACAGACCAGAUUCAAAUACAUUAUUUUUCUAGACUGAGUCAGGGAAAAUGUUCCACUGAGCAGAUUUUAGUUCUCCAAAUUUGUAACCGAUUGAAAAUAAUCCUCACUGGGAGACUCGAUGUACAUGUUAGCUGUAAACUGAAACUUGAUUAAUGCAUUAAAGAUAUAAUCCACA